AUGAUUUGCAACAGGAUGAUGAUGAUGAUGAUGAGGGCGAUGAAUUCGACGGCAGGCGCCGAUGACAAUAAGGGCCCCUUGAUGCUGUUGAAGAUGAUGCUCGUGCUGCUGGUGGUGGCGGCGAUGGCGGCCCAGCUGGCAGCAGCAGCCGACCCUUGCCUGGAGCUGACCGACUCCGUGGCGCCCUGCACCUGCGCCGACUCCGUGCUCGACUGCAGCGGCAUUCGCAGUGGCGCCCAGCUGCUGACCAUUGCUGGCCUGCAGAAUGGCCAGAGUCUGGGCUUCGAAGAGAUCCGCAUCCUGGCCAACCCGCUCGUCAUGGACAUCCCCGACGGCGCAUUCGGCGCCCACUACGCCGUCCACACAAUCAACUUUAUGAACAACAAGGAUCUGUUGUCAAUCUCGGGCUCCAUCUUCCGGCCUGAGUCCAAGGCCACUUUGGGCACUCUGAUUGUGCGGGACAACAAGGUGGAGAGUUUCCCCUUCUCAGCCCUGCAGGGGUUCACGAACCUCACGACCAUCCGACUGGACGGCAACAGACUGACCAGCAUCCCCAACAACGCCUUCGACGGACUCAUCAGCAACGUCGAGCUCCUCAAUCUCGACAACAAUCUGAUUUCCAGCAUCGGGGAAUUCGCCUUCUCCAACAUCGAGUCCGUGCAGGAGAUCACGCUGAAGAACAACCAGCUGGAGAGACUCGGGACCCACGCCCUGCACCUGAGUGCCCCCGUGGCCACCGUGAGUGUCAGCAAGAACCUCAUCGCCAGCGUGGACCCGGACUUCCUGUCUGGCCUGCUGCCCGGAAACACGGUCUUGUCCAGCAACCUCAUCACGUCCCUGCCGCAGGACCAGUGGGGACCGGCCUUGGCGGACAGUCUCACCUCCAGUGCGAGGCUCAGCUUCACAGAUAACCAAUUCGUUUGCGACUGCGGCAUGAAGUGGCUGUUUGACGUACCUGCUGCCCAGGCCCACUUCUUCAACAUCCUAUGCAGCAACAUUCUGAAUCCCUCGACUGGUCAGCCUUGGAACUUGUGGCUAGCAGGAGUCGACGCACUGGGCGAAUGUCCGUGAAAUGAACACCAAUCAUCGUCCUGCUUUACUGACUGACCGACUGACUGACUAUCAACACUCGCAUCACUUCGGUCGAAAAGAUCCUUUUUUCUUUCCUUCUUUUAUGGAUUAUUGCUGAGACUGCUGCUUAAAUUUGAGGCUGUGCAUGCCAUACCUAAUGCUCCCUCGUCGAAAAGGAAUUUCACUGCAUGCCAGCCAAAACCAAUGGAAAAGAUGCAGUAAAUGAAGACCUCAUCGGAAUAAUACUAGGUUAUGUGACUUAUUGGACCUUCUCAUGCAGACAGCAGCAAGAGAUUCCGCAAGGCAUGAAGCAGCAUAUGCGACCGGAACGUGUGGGGAAUAAUACAGUACAUUAUACUAGUGUUCGUUAAACAGGGUUAGAAUAUCGCAUCAUUAUGCAAACUCAAAUUGGCUUCAUAUACAUACUGUACUGUAUAUACGGAUUACGAGUAUAAUAGAAGGGUCAUAUUUCGGGUCGAUUAUAAAUGACCCAUAUAGACUAUCUCCAAAGACACCAUUCUCCGAGCAGCACGGAAUAGUAUAGAAAUAUUGUGCACAGAAUAGAAGCAGAUAUAUACGAGGAAGUCCAUAAAUCUGGUGUGAGAUGCGUGCCAUUACUCAUUUCUGCCCAGUUAUUUGCGGAUCGCUCUGAUGCACAGGCUAGAUGUGUGCAAAUAAAUCACGCUUGUUGUUAUAUUGUCCGAUAAAUA